AUGUUCGACUGUAAUUAUUGCCACUUAAAGGUACUUAACUCCCACAUUACAGGUAGCACAGUAGUAGAUGAUAUCACACCAACGUCUGGUACUAUAUUCUAUGUGAGCAAUGAGGCCAGCAAGAAGUUCCAGAUCUCUGUUCUGCCAGACGACCAUCCUGAAGGUCAAGAGGAUUUCAAGAUAAAGCUGACAUCAGUAACAGCUGGUAGAAUUGGGACACGGGACGUGUUUACCUUGUCAAUCCAGUCCAAUGAUAACCCACAUGGUGUCGUAGAGUUUGCACAAACACGGUACUCAGUAGAGGAACAGUCCACUGAUUCUCAGGAGACACUUCUACUCUCAAGAACGGGCGGUAGUUUUGGACAACUGCGUGUAUACUACAUGACUGCUAAAGUUAUGUAUGUACAGGAUGAUGUACUUGAAACUGGAGAUGGUGUACUAAAUUUCUUUCAUAGUCCGCGGUUUGGUGGGCGAGGUACUCAAGGCGAGGAUAUUCCUGUUCUUCCUACGGAAGAUCCUGUAAAGGUGUGUGCUGUUGCAUGUUUGAGGAAGAUUUCCUGCAGUGCCUUUGAGGUAUACUUCUUUGACAACACAAGAUCAUGUACACUGCAUGACACCACUGGCUCUCUGCAGAUAAUGUCCUCUAGCUUUCAGUACUAUGAGAAAGACAUAAUCAAGGCAGGGGAGCUAACUGGAGUGGAUGCGACCCCAGGAGAUGAUUACACAGUUGUUACCAGUGGUUACGUUCUUAUAGAACAAGGUGAAACUAGCGGUGAAAUCCCAGUUACAAUCAAGGCUGACAGUAUACCUGAACUCGAUGAAAAAUUUGUCGUCGUGUUGACUAGAGUUGAUGUUUCUGGUGAACCUCCCUCAGCAAAAAACACGCCGUAUCUAGGCGAGACGAGAAAUGCUACGGUUACUAUUCUGGCGAAUGAUGAUACAUAUGGAGCUUUUACAGUGUAUAGCAAUAGUCCACUGUCAUCAGAAAAUGGUCAUGUGAUACAAGUUGAAGAGAAAGAAAACCUGGCUGUAGAACUUAUUGUGGAAAGACAAGGUGGAACUAUUGGGGAAGUGUCUAUUGACUGGUCAGUAGAUCUAGCUGCCAGCACGGCAAUAUACAAUGUUGACUUCAGAGCUGACGGAGCAACUCUCUCUUUCCUCCCUGGAGAUACUAGAAAAUUAAUCAGCGUAACAGUGCUCGAUGACACACAACCAGAACUUGCCAAAAAUAUUGUGGUACGAUUGAGUAACGUUCAAGGGGGAGCAACUAUUAAAUACGACAAUGCCACUGUUGUGAUUUUGGAAAAUGAUAAUAUUGCAGGAGUGAUCUCCCUUAGUACAACAUCGCUGCUUGCGGAAGAAGGUGACACAGUGAGUGUGGAUGUACUGCGGUCUCCCUCUCAGUUUGGCACAGUGACAGUGAACUGGGAGAUACAAGGUCUUGGGGGUCUAAACCCCUCACAGAGUUUCCAAGUCUAUGAAGGUUCCCUAGAAUUUCUGCCUGGUGAGAAUAGGAAAACUGUAGUUCUGGAUGUACUAAGAGAUAACAUACCAGAGCUGAAUGAGGAAUACCAGUUAUUUCUAACAACUAUCAGAACAACAGGUGUAGGGAUCAGUGGUGCAGCUACAUUUGAUCCAUUAUUACGAACAGCCAGUAUUACAAUAGAAGGUAGCAACAAUCCACAUGGAGUUGUCCAAUUUGGUAGUGAUUCUCUCAAUGUUAGAGUGAAUGAAGCCACAGGCACGGUCAAUAUACAGGUGGACAGGAAGUUUGGAGACAUAGGUCAGUAUAAAGCUAUACAUAGCUUAUGUUAA